UUGUUGUCAAAUGUGAAAAUUUCUUAAGAAAAAGCAAAAUUUUCACAUUUUUCGCUUAAAUCAUGGCGACAUUGCAACGAUUAUUCACGAAUUUGUCGUUGACGAGGACUUUGGUGAACCCCUCGAGGAUAACUUCGGUCGUCAAUUCGCAACAAACGCGAUUCAAGUGCAAAUUUGUGGAAAAACCGCAGCCUGGCAAAGGACAAGCUUUCAGAAGAAUCGUUCAUUUUCCCGCGGAAUACACUGUCGAACCCCUAAAAACGACAAAUCUCGCAGGACGUGAUCCCGUCACAGGUCGUGUGGUUGCCAAAGGUAUCGGCGGAGGCAUCAAACACAAAUAUCAUUGGGUGAAAUUCCAUCGUGAUGGUCCCGCGGAAGGUCCUCCAAAAGUCGAACGAGUCGUUGACGUGCUUUUCGACGGAUGUCGCACCUCAAAAGUCGCUUUGGUUGUUUGCGGCGACGAAAUGAAGUACAUUUUAGCGACGGAAAACAUGAAACCGGGCGAUCUCAUUAAAACAUCGAAAUUUAUUCCGCGAAACCCCGUAAGGGCGAAUGAGGGAGACGCUUAUCCGCUUGGAGCGUUGCCCAUUGGAACGUUAGUUCAUUGCGUGGAAAAGUUCCCAGGGUUUCCAUUUAAUUAUUGCACCGCAGCAGGAACGGCAGCGAAAAUUGUAAGGAAAUUCGAUGAUUAUGUCGUGAUUUUGUUGCCUUCGAAGCGGGAGCUGGCCUUGAAACAGGAAUGCAUGGGCACCGUGGGACGCGUUUCGAAUGUCGAACAUAAUAAGGAGCAUAUUGGAUCGCCACAGAGAAAUCGUGAGUUGGGUAAUCGACCGAGAUCGGGAUUGUGGCAGAGGAAAACGGGAAGACAUGGAAGGAAAAUCAAGAGACCGCCGCCGAUGAGGAUUGUUGAUACGCCAACGAAAGAGAAACCGCAACCAAUUAAAUUUACGUUGGAAGUGUAAAAGUUUGUUCAGGUCAUAGGAAGAAAAAAAAAUAAAUUUAUGGAAAUUAUUUGACUUUUUU